GCCCUAAAAUGUAGUAGCCACAUUUUUGUGUGGCCACCACGAAACACGUGGUACGGCGCGGAGCUAUGGAGUGGAAGAAGCCAGUGUGAUUAUUGCUAGGUUUUCUUCGCGGUGGAGCUGCGGUGAGCCAUGGCAACCGCGGCGUCGCUCGUGGCGGCGUCGGCCGCGGCGUGGAAGGUUUCAUCGGCGGGAGGGCUUGGAUCUAGCAAUGAGCGCUUCUUAAUCUGGUGUCGACGGGAAAGAAGAUCGUCGCGCAGGAAUUUCAAGACAAUUGUAUGCGCAGGUGAACGACAGAAAGGCUUCCAGCAAAAGCUCAAAGAGAAGAAGACGUCCAAACCGGACGAUGUCUCUGAAGCUACUAGUUUCGAGGUAAAGACGGCCAAGGCUGGUCGAGAAACCAGCAAUGACGAGGAAACAGAGACGGCUGGGACGGAGAAAGUAGUGGUAGAACCAACUGUGGCAGAGAAUGGAGAGCAGGACCAGGUUCUAGAGAAGAUGCGCUCUCAAUCGGCCUCCAUCUCGGCGCACCAGGAAGUUGAUUACGUGGUUGCAAAGCAGAGGAUAGAAGAAGAGGUUGAAAGGUUUGGUUCGGGUCGGCUGAAAGGAAAAACGGAAGCUGCUGAUCGGCAGGAGGACGACUCUGGUGGUGAUAACUCUACUGUCAAAGUUUCGGAGGUGAAAGACAAGGACGAUGUCACGGAGGCUAAUGCAAGCGACUAUGCGUUGAAGAUCAAGGAGAUCAAAAAGGAAACAGAGAAAAGAAGGAGAACAGAGGAGGAGAUAGCCGAGGCGGAGAGUAGGAAAAGAGCAGACCAAGAAGCCACUGCUGCUAGACGACGGGAGCUGGAACAGAUUCUAGCCAAACAACAGGCAGAGAAAAAAAAGAAGCUCGAACAGGAGGCUAAGAAAAGGGAAAUUGAGCUCGCUCUAGCCAAGGAGAGGGAAAGGAUUGCGAAAGAAGCAGCCAGGAAGCGGGAGAUAGCCAAACUAGCUGAUGCCAGUGCUUUUACGAUGAGCAAAAUAUUUUACUACCCGCAGAAAGUUGAGGCUGGUGCUGAGGUCGAAAUCUACUUCAACCGGAGCAUAACGGUGCUAGCAAGCGAGGACAGUGUGCAGAUUAUGGGGUCGUUUAAUGGCUGGCGAUGGCAACCAUUCACAUUAAAGUUGGAAAAAAGUGAACUUGGUGGAGAUUGGUGGGCCUGUAAAAUGGACGUUCCCAAAGAAGCAUAUCGAAUGGACUUCGUGUUCUUCAACGGAAAUGUCUACGAGAACAACGACACAAAGGACUUCUUCGUUCUCGUGGACGACGGCAUGGAUCAACGCGAGUUUGAGAACUUCUUGGUGCUGGAGAAGAGGAAAGAAGCUGAAAGGCUUGCGCAAGAACAAGCAGAAAAAGACCGAGCUGCCGCAGAGGCUCGUAAGCUGGCAGAGCAACGAGCUGCGGAGAAAGCGGAUAGAGACGAGGCCAAAAGGAUCGUUGCUCAACGGAGAGAACGAGCCAGGAUGGUAUUACAACAAGCAUUGCCCAGUGUGCCGGGACUUUGGGACGCAGAGCCUACGAGUUUCAAAGCAGGGGAGACAGUGAAGCUCUUCUACAAUCGUUCCUCUCGAUCACUUGCCCGAAGCACAGAAAUCUGGAUACACGGAGGCUACAACAAUUGGCAAGACGCUGUCUCUGUGGUCGAAAAGCUUGUGCCCUCUUCGUCGAGGAGCGGAGACUGGUGGUCAGUUGAAGUUUCUGUUCCCAAGGCAGCGUUCAUGCUCAAUUGGGUGUUUGCAGACGGGCCACCGGAGAAAGCAUCAACUUAUGACAACAAUGACUACCAGGAUUUCCACAUGGCUGUUCCCGAACCCGUUGCUGAGGAGUUGUAUUGGGCAGAUGUUGAAGAGCAGGUGUAUUCUGAGAUCCGAAAGCAGCGGCAGGAAAGAGAAGAGGCUGCACGUAAAAAGAAACUGUACAAAGCACAGAAGAAAGAGGAGAUGAAACAAAAGACGAAACAAGCAUUUUUGCAGUCGCAGUCUCACGUUUAUUACACGGAUCCAAUGGAAGUGAACGCCGGAGAACCUGUCUCAGUGCUUUAUAAUCCACAGAACACUGUUCUAAGCGGGAAGCCUGAGGUAUGGUUGAGGCAUUCUUUCAACCGCUGGACACAUCAACUAAGCCCUUUCCCACCGGUAAGAAUGAAAGAGGUUCCAAGCACUACCCACCUCAAGGCAACAGUUGAAGUCCCAGUCGAUGCUUACAUAAUGGACUGCGUGUUUUCUGAAAGAGGGGAUGACAAUGGAGGAACUUAUGACAAUCGCGGUGGUUUUGACUAUCACAUCCCAGUUCAUGGCGGGAUUGGCAAGGAGCCACCUAUGAGCAUUGUUCAUAUUUCCGUCGAAAUGGCUCCUAUUGCAAAGGUGGGUGGUCUAGGUGAUGUUGUCACGAGUCUUUCACGUGCUGUACAAGAACUGGGCCAUAACGUGGAGAUUAUCCUUCCGAAGUAUGACUGCCUGAAAUACAAUCACGUCGAGGAACUUCAAGAGAAAGAGUCGUUUGGCUGGGGAGGAACCACCAUUCGCGUUUGGAAUGGGAAAGUAGAAGGCCUAAACGUACAUUUCAUUGAACCGCAGAACGGCUUCUUUUGGGCUGGCUGUAUAUAUGGUCGCAGAGAUGAUGGACAUCGCUUUGGUUUUUUCUGCAAUGCAGCACUGGAGUUUCUUUUGCGAAGUGGAAGACGUCCUGAUAUUAUUCAUUGUCACGAUUGGUCGACUGCGCCGGUAGCCUGGCUGUUUCAAGAAAGCUACAAGCACUAUGCUUUGUCCAACGCGCGAAUUGUGUUUACCAUACAUAAUUUAGAGUUUGGAAUUGCCCAGGUGGGAAAGGCAAUGGCAAGUUCAAACAUGGCAACCACGGUCUCACAUAGCUAUGCACAAGAAGUUUCUGGGAGUCCAGCAAUUGCCCCUCAUCGUGGAAAGUUUCAUGGCAUCAGGAACGGAAUCGACUUGGAUAUUUGGGACCCGUUUGACGAUCCUUACAUUCCCGUUUCUUACACAGCAGAGCAAGUUGUGGAAGGCAAAAGAGCUGCUAAAAGUGAGCUCCAGCACAGGCUUGGUUUGCAGCAAGUGGAUAAACCUUUAGUCGGCAUCAUCACCCGGCUAACAGCGCAAAAAGGAAUUCACCUUAUCAAGCAUGCGAUAUGGCGAACUCUGGAGCGCGGUGGACAGGUGGUCCUUCUGGGAUCUGCUCCGGAUCCUCGAGUACAAAACGACUUUGUGAAUCUCUCGCAUCAGCUUAAGAACUUUCACAACGACAUGGCACGGUUGUGUCUCACAUACGAUGAACCAUUAUCUCACUUGAUAUAUGCUGGUGCAGACUUCAUCUUAGUUCCAUCCAUCUUUGAGCCUUGCGGCUUGACUCAACUAACGGCAAUGCGAUACGGUGCCAUUCCCGUUGUUCGAAAGACUGGAGGAUUGAACGACACGGUGUUUGAUGCCGACCAUGACAAAGAUCGAGCACAGUCGCAAGGGCUGGAACCAAAUGGCUUUAGCUUCGAAGGCACGGACGCAGCAGGAGUGGACUAUGCAUUGAACAGGGCAUUGUCCGCUUGGUAUGACGCGCGAGAUUGGUUUCAUUCGUUGUGCCAGAAGGUAAUGGAGCAAGAUUGGUCAUGGAAUCGGCCCGCGCUUGACUAUGUAGAGCUCUACUACCUUGCUAAGAAAUAAAUCGUCCCGCCUAUGGUUUUCAUA